AUGGACGGCUCUCAGAGAAAUUUAAGAGAUUCUGAGAGUUUAUUCAAAUACUAUAGUAAUGAUUAUAGUUAUUUCAAUAAAUAUAAAAAGCUAGAUAAUAAGGAUUUUGAGUCGUUUCUGAGCAGAAGAGGUUUAACUCAAAAGAUCACUCCCACUCAACAGUUGAGUGAACUUGCCGAAAAAUAUGACAGAAAAGUUAACAAAAAUCUCUCAGAAGGUAUGAAUAAUGAAUUGACUUUUCCUUUCACUGACGUCGAAAUAACGAAAAACAAUGGAAAGAAAAUUAUUAUAAGUGGGGAGGAGUUAGAACUAUCGCAACAAUACUUGUCUCCAAAAGGCUUGCCGCGUCUCCAUACAGAGCUGAUGAAUAUAAUUGAGGAGAUGCAUCAUCCACCGCCUCUAGAGCGUGAUCUGUUAGUCACCAAUGGAACACAUCAUGGCCUGCAGUUAUGUACGGACGUGUUGGUAGACCCUGGAGAUCCUGUUAUAGCCACUGAAUAUUCAUACAUCGGACUACAUGCUAUUUUACGACAGUAUGAAGUAGAAUACCUUGGCAUUCCAGAAGAUAGACACGGUUUAAUACCAGAGGUUCUAACCUCUGUACUGAAUGAGAGAUUAACCAAAGGCCUCAAGAUGCCUAAAGUGAUGUACCUCAUACCUACAGUCAGUAACCCAGCAGGUUACUUAAUGACAGAAGAAAGAAAGAAGAAGAUUUACGAGAUAGCCUGCGUGUAUAAUAUGAUGAUAGUAGAAGAUGAUGUGUAUAUGUUCUUGAAUUACACUGAAAGAAUAGUUCCAUCUUUCCUGUCUAUGGACACUACUGGUCGUGUGUUGCGUGUUUCAUCACUGUCGAAGGUGAUGUCUGCCGGGCUAAGAGUAGGAUGGGUGACCGGACCCUCAACACUCAUCACCACCAUGCAGAUAGCCAGCUACUCACAGAUAGUACAUCCCUGUUCAUUGGCACAGACGAUAGUUCUACAUUUAAUAACUGAUCGAGACUACAUCAAAGAUCAAAUUAUUAAGAAUCGUGAGUUUUAUAAGAAGCAAUUAAAUGCUGUUCACAACGCUCUGAAGACUAUCGAAGACCUCAUUGAGUGGGAGAAGCCAGACGGAGGUUAUUAUAUAUGGGUGAAAAUACGAGGCAUUAAGGACGUGAGGAAUAUGGCUUACAAGACUUCAUUCGCCCACGGGCUAAUGUUGGAGCCAGGACACGGUUUUUCUUACAACCCAGACAAACCCUGCCCCUACAUACGAAUCACAUUCACUAAAGCUAAUUUGGAUACAUUGGAAGAUGACGUGAGAAUCAUCGGAGACAUUAUACGACACGAAUUGAAAAUAUCUGAAGGAAGAAAUUUUGGAAGAUGA